AUGACUGAUCAUAAACCACUAGUGGGAUUAUUCAACCCAGAAAAACCAAUAUCACAGCAUAUAUCACCCAGAAUGUUAAGGUGGUCGUUAAAGUUAGGCGCUUACCAGUACGAGAUUAAAUUCCGAGAAGGGAAACAUCACCAGAAUGCAGAUGCAUUGAGCCGGUUACCUUUAAAUGAUGUAAAGCUAGAAAUACCGGAAAUACCUGAAAUAUUAUAUUGCAAUGAGGCUGAGAAACAGUUUUUAAUCACUGCAAAAGACAUUACACAAGCAACCAGAAGAGAUCCAGUACUAUCAAAAGUAAUGUGGCAUAUCCAAAGGAAAGAUACAGUUUUGCCAUAUAAAUCAAUCCAGUUUAAACCGUUUGUAAAUAAAAUCCAGGAACUAUCAGUGAAUGUACAAUGUUUGUUAUGGGGAGCCAGGGUAAUAAUACCUGCAAUACUACGUCCCAGAAUACUUGAGAUGUUGCACGAAGUUCAUCAAAGUAUGUCGGCAAUGAAAGCAGUUACGCGAAGCUAUUUUUGGUGGCCUGGUUUAGAUGAAGAUAUAGAAAUGUUAGCCAGACGUUGUGAAAAGUGUGCAUGUAACAAAAAGAAUCCUCCAGUAGCGACAGGUGAACCAUGGCCAGCAACGCUAAGGCCAUGGUCCCGGUUACAUAUUGAUUAUGCGGGACCCUUUAUGGGUACAAAUUUUUUUAUCGUCGUAGAUGCUCAUAGCAAGUGGGUAGAGGUAAAAAUAACCAGUACAAUAAAUGCGAUUAGAACAAUCGAGUUAAUGAGAGAAAUAUUUGCAACACACGGAAUACCAGAUACCAUUGUGUCCGAUAAUGGGCGAACGUUUGUGUCAGAAGAAUUUGAGAAAUAUUUAAAACUUAGCGGUAUAAAGCACAUACGUACGGCACCGUAUCAUCCAUCGUCAAACGGGCAAGCAGAAAGGUUUUAA